AUGUCGCCCCUAUUCCUUCUGAUUUCAGUAUUUUUUAAUUCAUUCCUGGCUGCUGCACACACCGAAAACUUUAACAUCGUCCAAAAUCUCGCCCGAAACGCAAAUGUCCAAUUGGACCUAACUGGAAAACAAUCUUAUGCCAUUUACGAAACCCUCCCUGAUAAAGGGUUGGACAGAUUCAUCCCGAGAUAUUCCAUUAAGAAACUGAUAAACGGUCGGGUCCAAUGCGAUGCAAAUAAAAUUUGCGAUUUUGUUGGAAAUUCGUUUGAAUUGCAUUUAGAGGGUGAUUUGGUUGGAUAUAUUAUUGGUUCCAAAACUAAAUCAAGUUCGUCUGAACACCUUUGGAAAGCCAAUCAUUAUUAUGAUGCGGAAACCCAAAUGUAUAAAAAAUACCCAGAGCCGAACAAAUACACAUGGGCCGGUCCGACUAAGCCCUACACUAACCAACAAAUCUUUGGUUUUGGUGCCUUAUGGUGCAACCGCUUUUUUCAUCAGAGAUACGAUUUGCUCUUGAAUAACGGUCAUGACUUUGUCUACAACUUGUACAAAAGGAUAAAGCAGUAG